CACUCAUCAUCGAAACAAACACACACACACAUAUAUAUAUACAUAUAUUUGGAGGGGUUCUAAGCCUUACUCUUCCCUUGGUUUCAGAGACACGAAAAAAAGAAGAAGAAAGCUUCGAUUCGAAGAGUGAUUCACUGAGUUCCGAUUCAAUUCAGAAGAGAAAACCAAUGGCCGACCGAAUCCAUCCUCGUGACUCGCCUCUUACGAUGUCUCCUAACGACUCAUCGGAAAUGCCUCUGAAACCCAUUCCUCCCUUUUCGCCGGAAAAGCCAGUACCUCCGCCUGGAACUUACGUCAUUCAGAUCCCUAAAGAUCAAGUCUACCGCGUUCCUCCACCAGAAAACACCCGCCGCUUCCAGCAAUACGCUCUCCGGAAAUCUGACCGAGGCUGGUGCCGGAGCUGCUUCUGCUGGUUUCUCCUCCUCCUCGCCGUUUUCGUCGUUCUUUUUGGCAUCACCGGCGCCGCACUCUACCUUGUUUACAAACCAGAAUCACCAAAAUACAACGUCACGAGCUUCGCCAUCAAGGGAAUCAAUGUCUCGUCGCCGACUCCGACGAUUUCUCCGGUCAUCGACGUCACCGUUAGAGCUGAAAACCCUAACGAUAAGGUUGGAAUAUACUACGGGAAAGAUAGCUCUGCCACUGUGUACUAUUCCGACGUCCUGCUCGGGAAUGGCGCUAUCCCGGCGUUUUAUCAGCCGUCGAACAACGUGACGGUGUUAAAGGCAGCGUUAAAGGGGCCGGGGAUUGAGUUAACGAGUUCCGUUCUGAAAGCGUUAAGAAACGGAGAGAAGAAUGGGAAAGUACCGUUGAGAUUGACGGUGGAGAUUCCCGUUAAGCUAAAGGUUGGCUCCGUUAAGACUUGGGCACUUUCUGUCAAAGUCCGGUGUGACGUAACGGUGGAUAAGUUAACGUCGAAGGCAAAGAUCGUCUCUAAGGACUGUGAUUACAGUUGGACACCAUGGUGGUGAAAAUAGUAUAUUAUUUUUAUUUCUUUUUUUUUCUUUACUUUAUUAAUGGAUGUGUUAUAAUAGAGAUUUUUAUUAGAGAUGGAAAUAAUUUUGAUUGUAUACAAAAGGACAAAGAUUAAUUUGUUUUGAUUCAAUUUUGUAUAAUUUUAUUAUGUAAUAUACGUCACAUUUGGUA